AUGAUUCAGAAAGCAGGUCCUGUGAUUCCAACCUUGCUACAAUAUGCUGGCGAUCAGGGUACUUCGGAGCAAGUUUUGCCUUUUUUGGAAGUCUAUCGAGUUGCCAUUCAGAGUUUUGCCAGUGCCCGACCUUACUUGACUACAGAAUGUGAAGACGUUCUUCUGGUACUUGGCAGGCUAGUAAUGAGCUGUUUUGAACAACUGCUGUCUGUGCCUGAAAGUGAAGAGCUGUCUGAACCAUUUUUAAGAUUGUGUCAGUCCAUACAGGCAAGUAUAUUGACUGUUUUAUCUNUUGGAGAUAAUAGCCUUGGAAUUCUAGCUGAUAUCUCAAAAGAAGGCGUAUGGAAGAAUCCAGUUCUUUUAAAGAUCCUUUCACAGCAGUCAGUGGAAGCAGAAGAAAUGAAUCAAUUGAUUAAACGCGAAGGGCUGGCAUUUCUGCAAAUGAGAGUAAAACAUUUGAUGAAGACAAAUCGCCUUCCUCAAGCCGCUUCCUUGUCCAAAUUGUGUAAAGAGUCUACAGAAAUUCCAGAUGUUUCUCCUUUUCUUCAGUCCUAUAUCACAUGCUUGUGCUCCAUGCUUCCAAAUGAAGAGUCCAUCAAAGAGAUUUCAAAAGUGGACUGCAAAGAGGUCCUAGAUAUGAUAUGCAAUUUGGAAGCUGAAGGCCAAGACAGCACUGCUUUUAUUCUCUGUACAACGUAUUUCACUCAGCAGCUUCAAACAGCAAGCGUAUACUGCUCUUGGGAACUAACUCUGUUUUGGAGCAAAUUACAAAGAAGGAUCGACCCAUCCUUAGAUUCCUUUCUGGAGCGAUGUCGGCAAUUUGGCAUCCUUGCUAGAACAUUGCAACACUUGUUCUUCCUUAUAAGAGUCAUACAAGCUGAAGCAGAAGAAGCUGGCCUUGCUGUGUCCAUCUUGCUGUGUGUGAGAGCUCUGCAGCUCCGGUCCAACGAAAAUGACGAUAUGAAGAGCUCUGUUUGCAAAACAAUUGCAUGUUUGCUGCCAGAGGAUCUUGAGGUCAGAAGGGCAUGUCAGCUCACCGAAUACUUACUGGAACCAAGUGAAGCUGGAUACAGUCUACUAGAAGAACUGCAUGUACAACCAGAUCAGAAAUUUGAUGAAGAAAAUGCACCAGUUCCAAAUUCACUCCGCUGUGAGCUUCUGUUAGCUCUGAAGGAGAAGAAAUUGCUGCAGAAGAAACGAUGGCUGGCGGCCCAGAGCAACCUCUCCAGAAUCACUCUCGAUGGAAAUCGCCCUCUCAAAAUCAUCCAUUGUGAAAAGCCCAGAAGUGACCCACAGGACUACGUAACAUUUAGCAAGCUAGAAAACUGUCACCUGCAAGACCAAGACCUGUACCCCUGCCCGGGCACGGAUUGCUCCAGAGUGUUCAAGCAGUUCAAGUACUUAAGUGUUCACCUAAAAGCUGAGCACCAAAACAAUGACGAGAACGCAAUGCACUACUUGGACAUGAAAAACCGGCGCGAGAAGUGCUCCUACUGCCGGCGGCAUUUCAUGUCUGCCUUCCACCUGCAUGAGCACGAACAAGUCCACAUCGGCCCUCUGCCUUACAUGUGCGUCUCCGUGGGCUGUUACGCUCGGUUUGGCUCAGUGAACGAGCUGCUCCAUCACAAGCAGCAGCAUGACGACCUGCGUUACAAGUGCGAGCUGAAUGGCUGCAACAUCGUUUUCAGCGACCUGGGACAGCUGUACCAUCACGAAGCCCAGCAUUUCCGCGACGCCUCUUAUACCUGUAGUUUCCGCGGUUGUAAGAAGUUCUACUAUUCCAAAACCGAAUUAACGAAUCAUCUCUCCGUGCAUAUGUCAAACGGUGAAAUGAAGGAGGCGUCCAUAAAGCAUGAAGGUAACGUUUCUCAGGACGGGCUCGCCUGCCCUUUGGAUUCGGAGGCGUUAGAAAACAAAGGACCUCCUGAGCAGCAGGAAAAUCUUAGUUUGCCUUCUGGAUCAACAGAGAGAGAAGGAAUGCUGGGCGUGAAGCAAGAACCACUUUCUGACGGAGAAGAGGGUGGCCAAAAUAACGGCAGCUUGGAAAAUCACGCUUCAUCCCUGGCCAAUGAGAAUCAGGUGUCCUCGGUGACUGACACCGUGGAUCGGGGCCAGGCCUUUUCAGGGGCUGUGCUACCUCAGGAGAGAGCCUGCCUUCCCUCCAAUCUGAAAGAGCGCUACUCUAACGUGGCUGUUUACUUUGAUGGGAAAAAGUUCACCUGUGGUUUUGAAGGCUGCGGAUCAACCUACAAAAAUUCAAAGGGGAUGCAGAAGCAUCUGCGAAGGGUCCAUCCCUACCAUUUCAAACCAAGAAGGAAAGAUAAAGAUAUCAGUCAGCUGGAGAGCCCUGCGGGAGAGAAUAGCUCAGACUCUCAGGACGUUGCAGAUUUUAGUGAUGUCUGUAAAAGCAGAAGCUGUUUUAAGGAAGAACUGUGCCCUUCUUCCCCAGAAAGCUCCUUCUAUGUACAUUCAAAAAUGUCAAGUACCGAAGACAGCAUGUUUGAACUUCUCCUGGGCUUGAAGCACUUAAGUUUAAAGAAUUCCAGCGGUCACACUUCUCCCAGAUUCUUGCAGUCCUAUUCCUCCAAGUGCCCCAACUCUGAAGAUGAAUCUACCUCGGACCAUUUCACCGAAGAACAGAGAAGCAAGCUCCCGACUCAGUACUUGACCCAGUUGGCUGCCAAGCCAUUUUUCUGCGAGCGUCAAGGCUGCACGUGUGAAUUUGUGACCAGAGAGGCACUGCUGACCCAUUAUGUUAGAAAACAUAAUUAUUCGAAAGAGAUGGUGCUCCAGCUGAACAUGUUCCAACAUCGCUAUUCACCUUUCAAAUGUCAUAUUUGCCAAAGAUCCUUUACAAGAAAAACGCAUCUUCGGGUUCAUUACAGGAACAAGCAUAAGCUUGGCAACAUGUCGGUUAGCCAGAAACUCUUUGCAAAUGAAAGCUUUGAGGAUCUGAAUGAAUGUGGCGAGGAUAGGCUGAACAGCACAGAAGAUUCCAUGUCUGCUUUCUACACCAGCACAGAUGGAGAACUCGACAGCAAAACGAAGCUGGCGGUGGAUCAACACUGCCAUUCCAAGGAGGACUUCAGUUCCGACAGCGACUUGGACUCAAGCGAAGAGGCAGAAAGCUGCAUCCCUGGAAAGCAAGCUAAAUUAUCAUCGCUGGACAGCCACCGAAAAGAACUGGAAGCCAAUGAAGGGAGGGGAAGUAAAAGAACCGUUGCCAAAGGGAAUUUAUGCUACAUUUUGCAUAAGUACCACAAACCGUUCCACUGCAUCCACCGGAAUUGCAAUUCGGCAUUCACCAAUCAGAAAGGGCUGAUCCGCCACUACAGAACUGUGCAUCGCUAUAACAAAGAGCAGCUCUGCCUUGAAAAAGACAAAGAGAGAACCAAGAGGGAAUUUGCCAAAUGUAAAAAGCUCUUUGUUUGCAAACACAAGGCCUGCAGCAAGCGCUUCCUGUGUUCUAAAUCGUUGGCGAAGCAUUGCGUUGACUCACACGCCUUCGAUCCUGAAGACGAUUCCAAAGUGCUUUCGGAAACCGUAAAGUUUCCUUGCCAUCACCCUCACUGUCCGGCUGCAUUUUAUUCUUUCCACAAGUUAGAGCACCACCUGAUGGAAGAGCACGAAAAGGAAGACCUGAACAAAGGCAUUGAGAUCCAUUGUGACCUGAACGGCUGUAACAGAGUGUUCACAACUUACAGCAGCUAUUCCCAGCACGUGUAUUUUCGGCACAGCGAUUACGACGGUGUCUUGGGAGGAGCCAAAGAAGAGGAGCAAAGGUGCUUGAAGUAUCGGUGCCUCAGGCAAGAUGGAAGUGAGAAGAAGAGGCAGAACAGCGAAAAAGGCGAAAGGGGCGGCAGCCGAAAUAAAGGAAAGCAAUUAUAUGCCUUCAGAACAAGGGUGGAAGCCCUGCAGAUGUGCAGAGACAAUUGCAACCAAACGCAGUACCCUUGCAUGGUUCGGGGAUGUCCCUCUGUGGUCAAACUGGAAAGCAGCAUCGUGAGGCACUAUAAGCGCACCCAUCAGAUGGCGGGGGCUUAUAUCGAGCAGCAGUACGAUGAGCUUGUCCUGUGUGUUGACUGUGGCACAGCACUGAAUGACCUCUGCAUGGAAGCAAAUUCGGAGCCGGAGGGCGACUCCGACUUUACACCAGACGUCACAGGGCACCCUGCAAACGAGCACAAAAGGGAGAGGCAUCUUCCGAACUCCAGUUGCGACGAGAAGGGCGGCCAACUGGGUCGGUAUUCCGAAGGGGAGGAAUCCCAGGAUGCCCUUGUGUAUUCAGGCACUUUAAAACAUAUCCAUCCUCAUCCCAAAACCAGGUGUUCAGAAGAUUGCGAUCGAGGAGGGUCAUCCCAACAGUCUGAGGCCGGGAGUAUCCUGAGAAAUCAUGGACAAGAGAACGCCUCUUACUGUGCGAAAUCGAACCUGCCGUUAUCUAGAGAAAAGGAUGCUGGUGACUGGCAGUCCUCCUCGCAGGAGGAGACAAAAAAGCUUCCGUUUGCUGUUCCAAAAGAGAAAGCCCAGAAGCCCUUUGAUCUAAAGUCUUUCAAGCCCAUGGGCUUUGAAUCUUCGUUUUUGAAGUUCAUCCAGGAAAGCCAGGAGCGAGAAGAGGAGGAGGAAGAUGACGAGGACGAUGACCUUGAGAACGAGUGGCAGCCAGUUGGACCCUAUGGGAUGGGUGGUGGGAUAGAGAAGGCUAAAGACUCCAGACGGGAAGUGUCGCAGGACAGGGGCUUGUAUACAAAUGUCCCCCCUGCGGCCAUUUCCAAGAAAAAUAGUGGCACCAAAGCUCAUGGGCACCUGAGAGGAAUGCAGCCCCUCUUAUCCGCGGACUCUCCUUCCCUCCCUUCUCUGGAGAACCUGAGGGCCAUUUUGGGCAAGGCGUUAACAGGCUGUGGGGACCACGCCUUAAAACAACUUCAUUACUUGCGGCCAGUUGUGGUUCUCGAAAGAUCUAAAUUUUCCCCCUCCCUCAUAGACUUUUUUCCAACAAAAAAAACAGAUCACCUUUGUGUGGGAAGUUCAUAAAUAGUUGUGUUUAUUUAAAAAAAAAAAGGAAGGAAGGAAGAAUGAAAGAAGAGACUUGGGGGAAAUGCUAAAUCUGAUUCCGUGCACAUGUUGUUGAGGUUAGAUUAGACUGUUCAGUUCCAUGAAUGUACGACAUCUGUCUACAGUAUUGGCUAAUAUAGCUCCCCGACUAAAUUAAAAGAGAGAGAGAGAGAGAGAGAGAACUGAUAUUUUGGUGCUAAU